AUGGACACGACAGAUGAGAACAGCAGUCGAGUCACCGUGGCGAAUGGUGCUUAUCCGGUGCGGUGCACUGAGGAAGUACUUCUCCCUUUCUUCACAGAUGAGAGUCUGCAAGCUGCAAUGGACUCCAGACGCCCUCCUGCUUCAACCAGCGUCCCUCCUGCUCUCCCAGAACUCAGACUGGUCCUCCUGGGCAGGAAAGGAACCGGGAAGAGCGCGGCAGGCAACACCAUCCUGGGAGGAGUGGGAGGGUUCGAGAGCGGGAAGCCCACGGAGGAGUGCGUGAAAAGACGAGCUGACGUGGCAGCGAGAAAAGUCACAGUGGUGGACACACCUGGGUGGGAGUGGUACUACCCGCUCAACAGCACCCCCAACUGGGUGAGGAGAGAAACUUUACGGAGUGUAUCGCUUUGUCCUCCUGGACCCCACGCUGUGCUCCUGGUGGUUCGGUCCUGCGCCUCAGUCACUGACGCCUACAUCUCUGAGAUAGAGGAGCACCUGGAGCCGCUGGGAAAAGGAGUCUGGCAGCACACCAUGCUGCUGUUCACCAGGGGAGACGAACUGGGCCUCACCACCAUGGAGCAACGGAUUCUGACCAGCGGCCCACCUCUCCAGAGACUCCUCCAGAAGUGUGGGAACAGAUACCAUGUUGUGAACAAUCGCAGCAAAGGAGACGGGACGCAGGUCAAAGAGCUGAUAAGGAAGCUGGAGCAGAUGGUGGAGGCGAAGGAAGGUGGAAACAGUCAUCUGGAGAUGGACAACACAGUGCUGCUGGGUUUGGAAGCAGACGGGAAGAGGAGAGCGAGGGAGAGGAGGAAGAAACAGAGGCAGAUGGAGGCACAGAUGCAGAGAGGGACCAUCAAAGCAGCUCUCACAAGUGAUGGUCCUCAGGGCUCCGAGCUCGAUGCUCAUCAGUCUUUCUCCAAGGCUCCCCGACGUCUCCCCGAGGUCAGGCUGGUUCUCCUGGGUGAGCGCGAAACUGGAAAGAGUUCUGCUGGGAAUACAAUCCUCGGGAAAACAGGCUUCUUCCAAGCCGGGGCAGUAACAGAGGAGUGCUUCCGUCAGCAAGCAGAGGUGGCUGCGCGGCUGGUGACGGUGGUGGACACACCGGGCUGGGAGGCAGGUGUGGCGGGUGCUACACCGGAGAGGGUGAAGAGGGAAAUUGUGGGUAGUGUGGCUUUGUGUCCACCAGGGCCCCACGCACUCCUGCUGACUCUGAGAGUGGACACACUGGUGACGGUGGGACAUGUGAGGGAACAUCUGGAGCUUUUGGGCGAGGGUGUGUGGAGACACACAAUCUUGCUGUUCACCCACGGCGAUCAGCUGCGAGAGGGGGUGGAUAUUGAACAGCACGUCCAGGGUGGGGGCAGAGACCUGCAGUGGCUGCUGGACAAAUGCAGGAGCAGGUACCAUGUCAUCAGCAGUGUAGAUGGAGGAGGAAGAGGAAGUGGAGGCUCCACUAAGGUGACAGAGCUCCUGGAAAAAGUGGAAAAGAUGGCGACAACAAACAGGUGUGAGGCUUUCUCCUGUCUGGUUCAGGAGGUCAGGGAUCUGAGCCGACAAAGGAACGAAAAGUUCAACCAGCGCCUGAAGGACGUGGGAGAUAAGAUGCUUCGUCAGGAGGUGGAGUUGAAGAAUAUGAGAGACAGAGAGAUGAAGAGCAUCAGAUGGUUCUUUGAUAGGAGGAAGAAGGUAAAAUCACCUGGGAAGGCUGACAUUCAAAGGGAAGAAGAGGAGGAUGAGGACAGGAGGAGCCUCGGGGAAAGGAAGAAUGAUAUUGGCGAACUAGAGGACAGGAUACAAUGGCUGACUGAGGAUAAAGAGAGAGAAAUUCAGGAUAUGGGCAUAGAAAACGAGAGAAUCCGCGUAGCACUAAACCAAAGUAGACGAGACAGGGACGAGGUGAUGCUUAACCUGGAGCUAAAAGAGAGAGAGAUUGAGGAGCUGACAGAAAGAAUUGACGAGCAGCAACUGAAACUGCUCGACCUCGAACGUGCCGGUGUAGAAAAUGAACAUGAGAGAAAACAGAGGGAGGACGCCAUUAGAGCGGAGAAACAAGAGUGGAGGAAAAAAGUGGAAAAAUUGGAGGAAACUGUAAAGCUGCAGGAGAGAGAAAGAGCAGAGUGGAUGGAAAAAGUUGAUUCUUUAAAAGCAGAAAUGGACGAGACAAAAAGACACUAUGAUGAUGCUCUUGAGAGAAAAGAACGAGAAAAUAACAGAGAGAUGACAAAGCUGGAAGAAAAACUAAAAGAAGAGAUGGAAAUAAAGCUGUUUGAAAAAGACAAAGAGAAGGAUGAGCUGAGAAAGAAAGCCUCGGAGGAAAAGCAGAUAACUCUCGAUAAUGCAGAAAAAGUACACGUAAAGAACAAGAAAGAAACAGAGCAAAGACUGGAAGAAAAAGAAAGAGAAAUAGAGGCGACCAAAGAACAUUUAAAACAACUUGAACAAAGAGAAAGGGAUCAAUUAAAUCACAAGAGACAGAUGGAGCAAAAACUGGAAGAAAAAGAGCGAGUGAUAGAAAAGUUGAACCAGCUUUUAAAGGAUAUCGAAGAGAUCCUGCAAAGGAAAGAAGACGAGAGAGGAGAAAUUAUUCUAAACCAAAAGAAAGAGGCAGAGCAGCGACUGCUAGACAGAGAGAGGGAGAUGGAGGAGAUGAAAGAGCAGCUUUUAAAUGAAAUGGAGAGAAUGGUAAAAGAAAAGGAAAGUGAGAUUGAAAGCAUUAAACAGCAGGCCGACUCCAGGGAGAUGAGAUGGACGGAAGAGCAGAAGAAGAAGGAUGAGAGAGGAGAAAACGAGAUGAACAAGCUGAUAGAAAUCAUCAAUGCAAAAACUAAAGAAAUAACACAAGCAAAGUGUCUUCUUGCAGAGAGAGACGGUGAGGUGGAUGAGGCAAAAAAGACAUGUGCAAACUACCUAAAAGAAAUUGAAGAUCUGAAAGAAACCAAUCAAAUCCAGACCUCCAGUAUCACUGAGAUACAACAACGUCACACAGAGCAGGAGAAGAAGAAAGAUAGUGAAAUUACGGAAAAACUGCAGGAGAAAGAAGCGGAGCUUGAGCAACUGAGGCAAAGAGACAGAGAAAACGAGAAAGAGAUCGUCCAACUGAGGCUAACGAUCGAGCAGACAAAGUCCGAACUGAAGGAUCUCACCAACAAGAUGGAAAGGGAGAUGACGAGCAUGAUCCAGGAAUACGAAAAGGAGAUUGCAAGAAGAAAUGAGAACAUAGAAUCACUGGCAAAGGAGAAGGACGACGCUUUAAGUCUUUUGGAGGAGGAAAGUCGGCAAAGUAUUUCGAACGUUACCGAGAAAUACGAACAAAGUCGCAAGAGAGUUGAGGAGCUGCAGGAGCAAAAUGAGAAGAUGAGAAAGGAGGCGGACAAUCUUAAAAUAAAGUAUGAGGAGCUGAAGACGGAGAGUGAAGAAGAAGUUAGGAAACAUCUCAGGGGAUGUGAAGAGCAGGCAAAGAGCAAAGAAUCUGAAAUCCAAAGUGUUCUUGAAGAGAAAGAUCUGGAGGUCAGGGAACUUAAAGAGGCAAAUGACAAACUGCAAGUACAGAUAGAAAGGAUGAAGGAGAGGGACGAUGAGGCGAAAACGCUGAUGAAUGAGCAGAGAGAGCAUUUUGAGAGGCAGCUGGAGGAGAAACAAAAUGAGUUCAGAAUUAAGGAUGAAGAGAUUGAACAGAAAUUCUUGGAAAGGGAAAAAGAAGUAGGGCAAAGGGAACAGGAGCUGAGUAGAAACGAAGAAGAGUUGAGCGAAAGAGGAAGUAAGUUAGAUGCGAAAGAGGUAGAACUUGUUGAAAAAGAAGAAAAGCUGGAAAGUAAGGAACAAGAGCUUAGAAAACUGGAAGUGAAUCUAGAGAUACAACAACAAGAGCAAGAGGGAAGAGAUCAGUGCGAGCAAGAUGUGAGAGUGAAAGCGCAGAUUAUUGAGAAAAAGGAGAGGGAGCUAGAAAGCUUGCUUCAAGCUCUGGAAGGGAAACAGAAAGAGUUAAGCUGUCACGGUCAAGACCUUCAGAAGAAGGUAAGAGGUCUGAAGGACCAGGGGAAAGAGCUAAAAGAUAGGGAGCACUAUUUAAAAAAUGAAGAACAGGAGUUGAUCAACUGGAAGUCGGAGUUGCAGAUACGAAACGAGCAUGUAAACUCUACGACUCAGCAGUUAGACGAAAUGGGGAGAGACUUGGCUUCACUGAAAGAAGAACUUCACCAAAAAGAGAAAAACUUAAAGAUCUCCCUCAAAAGACUCAACGAUUGGGAGCAGAGUCUCGAAGCCAGAGAGGCAGGAUUGCGUGAGAGGGAGCAAAGGGAUUUGGAGAACGGACGACAUGAGGUUGACGACAACAUGAGAGUCAACGAGGUGAGUGCGUUCAGUCUGGAAGCUGCAGUUGGAAGCUCAGGAGACGACAUCCAUAUGAGAUGCCAAGAGGUCAGAGAGAGGAGGGGAAGAGGAAGAGGAAGAGAGUCAGAAAGGACAAAGAAUGGGGAGGAUCAAACAACGAAAACUGCAUUGUCAGCCGCGGAGAGCAAUAACUGUCAUCUUGAAACACUAAAAGAGAUCGACAAGGCUGAUUUUAAGGAAGGGAAAAAAGGCAGAGGGCACCUGGAAAUGGAAAAGGUCAUCGGGGAUAUGAGGUUGUUUUCUCAGAGUCGCGGUCAAAGACGCUCAAACCACAAAGACUCUCCUGGAUUGGAUUUCAGAGUGAUGGUGUUAGGGGAGUGCUGGUCAUCUCGCUCCCCCGCUGGAGUCACCAUCCUGGGUGGGGAAGCGUCUGAACUCGAUGGAUCUACCUUCAGGUCUUGGAGAGGUCAGAUUGCCGGGAGACACCUCGCGGUUGUAGAGCCGCUAGGUUUGAGGUGGCGAGAUGGACCGGACCCAACAAACACAUCGCUGAGGAAAAGCCUUCGCGACAGCAUCUCCUGGUGUCACCCGGGACCUCACGUCGUCCUCCUGCUCAUGCCGGCCUUCUUAACCUGCACGCAGAAGUACAGGAGAGCUGUGGAGGAGCACAUGAGUUUGCUUGGGGAAGAGAUCUGGCAGCGCGCCUUGGUGUUGUUCACAUGGGGGGAAACUUUAGGGGUGAGCGCAGAGCAGCACAUCCUGAGGAACGGGGAGCUGAUGGCGCUCGUAGAGAGAUGUGGCGGCAGGUACCAUGUGCUGACCAGCAAGAGAACCAACUCUGUGAUUGAAGGACUGUUUGAAAAGAUGGAGGAAAUAGUGGCUUUGAACAACAGGGAGCAGUGUUUGGUGUAGCUCUGUGAUCAGACUGUGUCUGAAUUUAUUGUGUAAAUACUGUGUUUUUUCAUGUCGUCAUGUGAAUAUCGUCUAAUAAAUUUAA